AUGAGGGCCUGGAGCCUCCUCCUCCUGGUGGCCCUCCUGGCUUUGGGGAGCCAGCUGCCAGCUGCCACAGGCAGGAGGAAGGGAGAGAAAUUGGGGGGCUGUCCACCGGACGAUGAGCCCUGCCUCCAAUCAGUGCUUGACCAGUGCAUGGACGACAGCCAGUGUCCCUCCAGGAUGAAGUGCUGCUCCCGAGCUUGCUCUCGCCAGUGUGUCCGUAUGGUCUCAGUAAAGCCGGGCAGCUGCCCCAAGGACGCGCUGCGCUGCCUCAGCCCCAUCCAGCACCUGUGCCGCACGGACACGGACUGUCGGGGCUCUCGUAGGUGCUGCCCGGGCGCCUGCGGCCGGGACUGCCGGAACCCUGUCAGAGGUAUGGCUCCUGUGCAGCUGGGGCAGGCUAAUUCUGGGCUAGGAUCCACAGCUCUGAACCUCAGGUUGGGGUUCCCAGCAGCAAGAGAUGAGGAUGAGGGGCGUGACCUGCCACCCACACAGCACUAUCUCUGCCAGCGGCGGUUCCCACCUUCCGAUAAACACUGAUCUGCCGUCACUUCCUUGCAACCCAUCCACCCCUGGUUUCUCCUCCUGGGAGUCAAGGUCCAUAGCCAGACCUCAAAGGACUCCUCUCCUGUACCACUGCCACACUGA